UUAGUCCAUUGUCAAACUCAAGGAGCAGCUCCGGAGAGAAACGCCUCGCGCAAUCCCCGUCUUUUCAUCAGUGACUUAAAGCAGGAUUUACAGGAAAACAAACUCAUAAAGAUGAAAUGCUUGCGAUUUACCAAGGGGUCACCUCGCCUAUACUCUGAGAUUUGGUAGGCGAAAUUAAACUUCUUUAUUAAAAAGGGUCAUUAAAAGUGUGAUGGACAUGGGCUCCCCGGCCCCUCCUCAGCGCGUGCUAGAAUCGCUGGAUCGGAACCCAGCGGGAUCCGAAAGUAACUCUGAAUAUUUACAGUCUGUAAGCAGCGAGUCGAGUUCAUUCAUCAUGAUCGAGCCCAAGAACCGUCUCGAAGUACCGUCGAGGUUAUGGGUGACGAUGGUUGUGGUCAUCGUGAUCGUCCUUCAGGUUGCUUCGACCACAGGACUCUUCAUAUACCUGAAUAUGUCAGUGUCACAGGCUCAAAAUCAGGGUGUGACGGAGGAGCUGAGAUGUCUUGGUCUUUUGAACGCUCUGGAAAAAGAGCAGGAGGUACCCGAUGAACUCGUUCAGCUUUUUGGAGAGCCCUGCAUUAAACUUGCAGAAGGACUCAAAGCCUACAUUUCUAAGGUCACAGAAAACAUUAUCUCAAAACAAACUUUUCAAGAGAGAGUAGCGAUUCCUCCUCGUACGAAAUUACUCACCACUGGCAACCCACGGCCAUCCGCUCAUCUCACUCUGAGAGACAGUGGACUUCAGGGUACCACAACUUUAAUCCCCCAGACGGACCUUCACCAGUCCUGCCGGCAUCCUGUUAGAUCCUGGGGAAACCAGAGCUUUGGCUCGCACCUCCACAACAUGACCGUGUCCGACGGGCGUCUGCGCAUCCCACGCGCGGGCCGCUACUACCUGUACGGCCAGGUCUAUUUUCGUUACCUCACCCUCUCCAGCGACGACUACCGUUCCGCCUCUGUCAGCCACCAGGUGGUGCAGUGCGUUUACAAGAAGACCGCCUACGCCCGGCCGAUACAGCUCCUGAAGGGUGUGGGUACCAAAUGUUGGUCCCCGGACAGUGAGAAUGCCCUUCACUCCGUCUACCAGGGUGGCCUGUUCGAACUCCGUGCGGGCGAUGAGAUCUUCAUAUCUGUGUCUUCUCCCACAGCUGUGUAUGCAGAAGACUCUUCCAGCUACUUUGGGGCCUUCCUGUUUGACCUCUGAGGGAGCCACAGCUGUGGCUUGUGGUUUCAAUUCAAGGGAAGGGAAAUGGGUUCUGCUGGAGGCCUUGCAUGGGAACGAUGAAUUGGGGAAGCACAGAGACGUUGUGUAAAGGGGCUUUAUACUGCCUUUGGGCAUUUUCAAAUAACUCUCUUAUGACCAAUUCACUUCUGUAUGCGACGAGACGGAUAUGUCGAAAAAUUCACAUUCUUUACUAAUGGAAGCAGUGUUUGGAUAAUUAUCGUGUGACGCAAGGAUGGUGAAUUGACCUACAUUGAGAAGAAAGCUCAGCAUCUACAGCUGCACAUAUGAUGUUAAAAUAGACUUUUUAGAAAUUUUUAAGUAAGAUAUUCUCCUUUCACUGAGCAUAUAUGAACUUUUUUUGGAUGGACUGAUUAUAACUGCUCCUGUAUAGUUCAGUGGUAGAGCAUUGCAUUAGCAUGGGUCUGAACCCUGAGACACACAAACUAAAAAAACUGAAUAACUUGUAAUGCACUGUAAGUUGCUUUGGAUAAAAGUGUCUGGCAGAUGCAUAAAUGUAAAUGUAAGGGAGGGCUUUGUGAUGACAGAUUUCAAAGUGUGUUUUCUUAAAGGUCACCUAAAAUGAGAAAUUCACUUUUAUAUGUUGUUCGAAGAUAAUUGUGUGUGUACACAACCAUACUGUAAUGUUAAUAUCUGCUUAUUCCUUUUUUUAAUUCCCCAUAAAACUUCAACAGUCUCAUUGAACAAGCGGUUGACGUUUUCUUAGCAAACUGAUGUCACUUUGCACAGGCCCCGCCCACAACCGUCCAAAGACCACAGCUAGGUCAUAAUUUCUAUUUGAAAUCUUCUUUACAUAAUUCGUUGCCACACAUUCAUUAUGAGUAAUGAAGUAAGGUGAUUGUCAUAUUUAAAAUGGUGUAUGAUAACAGUAAACAGAGGGAGAAGCAGCAGCUCAUUUGCAUUUAAAGAGACAAAAACAAAAUUGCACCUUUUUCCUGCGCACCCAAAAAUGGGUAUAAUAAAUUAUUUAUAGGGUAUUUGGACCUUACACUUAACAGGCACUUUAUGGAAACUAAUAUUACAUUUAGCAAAAUAACCAUAUUAGGUGACCUUUAAAUUCCUAAAAACAUGUAUAAGGACCUCAGUUAUUUAACACAAUGGUUCAAUUUAACAAAUGUACUAACAGGACUUGUAAGGAUUGUGCAAGCUGGUACUCAGAAAAACAUUCAAAACAUUUUAGUAGUUUUUUUUCAUGCACUAGCACUUCUUUAUGUUUUUUUAAUGUUACACCCUUUAUGUUGUUCAUUCUUUUCUAUAUAGACCAUGACUGAUCUUAGACCAGAAGUCUCCAGGAGACUCCAUUUAAUUAAAGGCAUUUGUUUUCUGGGAAAGAAAACCAGCCAUCAUGAGUCAAACCUACAGCCUUGAUGUCUGAAGUGAUUUUGUCAAAGAUUACCAUAACCCACAGCUAAAGUGACAACAAUAAAAGUCAAAGGAUGCGGGUACGACAAAGUUUUGACAUGAUGCAUGAAUGACUAAUCUUAUCUUCUACUGUACUUACCAUCAAAAGUAAACCCUUUUCGAAGAACCUGUUUAUUUCUCACUCAUUCCUAAUUAUAGCCAAG